AUGCCUUCAAACGGUAUAUUAGGAUUUAGUAUGUUCUUGAAUGAUUUUUCAUAUUUUUAUAUAGGAGAUGAAAAGGUUAUUUGGAUUGUUGGUUCUUCAAUUAUUAAAUGGGCAUUCUACUAUGCAAGAAAAUCCUUUGAUGGUGUGGAUUUAGGUUUAAAACGAAGAAAUUACAGAAUUUUUUGGCAGGGAAAGGGAGGUAUGAAAUGGUUUGACCUUAUUCCAAAAAUAAAACUUUUGUUACGUUAUGAAUCACCUCCAGAAAUUUUAAUUAUUCAUUGUGGAGGGAAUGACAUAGGUAAAAUUCCAUUGCUGCAACUACGGUCCAAUAUGUGUUCAACUCUCAAAAAACUUGAGGAGCUACUACCCAACACAACAAUUGGUUGGUCAAAUAUUUUGCCAAGAAUUUCAUGGCGUUUUAGUUCAAACUCAAAAUCUCAAAAUCUUACUACUGUUAGACUCAAUAAUUUUAUGAAUCACUUAGUUACUGUCAAUGGUGGAUUCUUUAUCAAGUACCCAGAGAUUACUUGGGAUUCAAAUGAAAUGUUUAGUAGUGAUGGAGUUCACCUGUCGUACAUCGGUAAUUGUUUCUUGCUAUAUAACUUACAAAGGGCUUUGCAAGAAUAUGUUUUUCUAUAAAAGGUUAAAUACGUAGUUUAAGCUUCAAGAUGUGGUCACACCUACAUAUAUUUUGCG